AAUACCAGAGGGGUUGUAACCAAGAUCGGCACCGGAUUGAAUUCUCCGGAGAGAUACAGGAGAGAGAGAGCGCAAAUCAAAUUUAUCUUUUUUGAACUUCGGAUCCGUCGAAGCUAUGGAAGAUCAUCGGCGUUAGCAGAAUCUCCGGCGGGGAGGAGGUGAUAGGUUGUUUGGAGGGGUAGCGCGUGAAUCUUAGAAGUUCUUUUCAUCUUCUUCUCGAUCUACCAAGUACCGUCCUCUGUUAUGAUUCGCGGCAGAUCCAACGCUGCUACGGCAGCGAAGCCGGUAGAUCUGACGCCGGCAACGGUGACCAACGGCUUGCCGGAGAUCCGUUUCAGAGGGGUACGGAAGAGACCGUGGGGCCGAUUCGCCGCCGAGAUUAGGGAUCCGUGGAAGAAGGCGCGCGUGUGGCUCGGCACCUUCGACUCCGCCGAGGAUGCGGCGCGUGCCUACGAUAGAGCGGCGCGUAAUCUCCGGGGACCGAAGGCGAAGACCAAUUUCCCCUUAGCAGAAACCCCCAACGUUAAUUAUCACCAUCAGCCGUACACGAAUUGCGGCGGCGGCGGCAGCGGAGGAGGAUCGGAGGAAAAUCGGACCCCCGGGAUCGGUUCGUCUCCGAUGAAUCGUCCGGCGUCGAGCAGUAUGAGCAGCACGUUGGAGUCGUUCAGUGGUCCUAGGGUUUCGAGACCUAGACCGGUGGUGGUUCAUCGUAAGAAACCGGUGCAGCCUCGCGCACCUGAUGAUUGCCAUAGCGACUGCGAUUCUUCUUCUUCAGUGGUCGAUGAUGACGACGACUGCGUCCUUACCUCUUCUUUGCGCAAAGUUUUACCUUUCGAUCUCAACCUGCCGCCUCCAAUGGAAGGUCACGAUUUCUCCGGCGAAGAUCUGAAGGUCACCGCUUUGUGCCUCUGAUUAUUGGGUUCAUCGUUCUUAAACCUCUUCCUAGUUUUUUUCCUUUGUUUUUAUUAUCAGGAAAAAAUCGAUAAAAUUGAAGGAAAAAAAGGGAAUCUGCUGGAGUUAUACCGUCUUCUGGUCCUAUAUGGAUCGAAGGUGGAAAACUUUACGAUUAAUCUAUGCAUUUGCUAGAUGCUUACAUGUAGAAUUAGUAUUCUGUUUAUGAUGAUUGCAAGAUCUGGGUCUUUUCUUCUACCACCUCUCGUGCUCUCAGCUAAAGAUCUUAUUUGCAACUUGCAAGAGCUUAAAAUGGAUCCGAUUCUAUCCACUGUGUAUAACCAUGCCCUGUUGUUUAGGACUGGAAAUAACACUUGCUGCUUGAUGAAUCUA